UCUAGGGUUAGGUCGCUGAGGAUGCCGGGUCAUCUUGACCAAGACAUAUCUCAGUUGCUCGUGAGGAAUCUACGUACGAUACGUGUAGUCCACAGGAUAACCUCCUUUUGCGCAUCGCUUAUUAUGCUCUCAUCGAGGCCGAGCUUCAAGGUAUUCUCCACCAGAUGUGUUUCGACAAGACCAUUGGUUGUUAUGAUGAGAGGAAGGAUUCUUGUGCAUUCUCUUCUCGAAGAGCACAAUGUCAGGACGAUUGUGUGGAAUGGACCUGUCUGUUAUGAGUGGUUGGUCCCAGUACAGCUUCACCUCCUCAUUCUCCAGGAUCUCUUUUGGUAUGCUCUGGUGGGUAUGACCUGAUCCUGUAUGGCCGUUAGUCUGCCUUCUGUUUCCGGGAACAGGGCUGUUGGGUACCUUCCAUGGAGUGCUCGGCCAUGCCAUAUCUCUGAUAGCUCUUGGAUGUUGGGGGGCGCAAUUGGAUCAUUGCUAGAUGACAAGUUUAGUGCUGUUACAUUGUCAUCUUCUUCAGAUAGCGCUUUGAAG